AAUCCACUUGUAUUUACCCAGUGAUCUGCGCCCAGCCGAUGCGCACUGGCUUAUACUACAGUGUACAGUAGGCCUGUGUUAAGGACGUGCGAGGUGUGGAGACAUCCGCCUUGUCCUCGUCAUCAUCGACUACUGAGUUUACAGUACAACAGUUUGAGCUUGUGUGUGCAUGGAAUAUACGCGGCCAUACCCCGAACUAUCCCCAAGUUUAGAUGAAGAUAUGCCUGGUAAAGCAAUCUCUCUUUCCCUCUCCUUUCUGCCAGCCUUCCCACCCCAAAACCUUUCUCUUCGGUUGCUAUUGCUGUAAUUAUCUCUUGCCAUUAUGACCCCACCCCCAGGAGCACUCUUAGCGGCUAAGGUCACAGCAGCGGGGGCACUGGGCUUCAUUCCUGUGGUUGUCCACUUUCGAUUAUUUGAGACGCUGGCAAAGAUCGGCACGGCCGCCAGUUCAACGGAGAUCUUGGAGGCGAAUAACAUUGAGCGUACCGAGGAGGAAAAAGCCGCAUCGCCACUAUGUUUGAAGUUGGUUGAGGACACACUAUUCGUUUUAUCAGGACAGGGUCUCGUUGAUCUAAUCUCAGACAAUGUCUUCGCCCCAAAUGCAAUCACGCAUCACUGGGCAUCACAGCCUUCAGCGCCACAUGGCGCUCUACACUUCACCACGGAAGUCCUCCUCGCCUCGGCCUUUCUGAUGCCGAAGCUCCAGGCCACACACUUUGCAUACCCCUUAGCUGAUGCUGAUACGCCGUACCAACACGCGUUCUCUCUCCUCGGCGAAAAGAGCCUUGCCCAGCAGCACACUUAUAGCAUCAUGGAGGAGAUUGGGCGCAUGGACUCCUUCAACAUUUUCAUGGACGGUAAGUUUGGGUCCUUUGGGACACUGCCCGAACGUCUUCAACGGUUCGGCUAUGAUCUCGAUGCAGCCAUCGGAGGGACCGAGUCCGACGUAGUGAUGGUUGACAUCGGAGGCGGAACCGGAGCUGCUCUUAUUGAGCUGAAGGCCGCGUAUCCCCACUUGGCAGCAUCAUCUCUCGUAGUGCAGGAAUUCCAGACAGACCUCCAAACGCUCGACAGCGGCAUCACGCUCCAGGAAUGGAACUUCAAGACUUCCCCCCAGCCUAUACGUGGCGCCCUGAUAUAUAGUCUCACACACAUCCUCCACAACAACUCUGAUCUAGAAGCAUUGAAGCUACUGAAAAAGCUAGUAGAUGCCAUGGAGCCGUACUCGCGACUUCUAAUCCACGAGUUUUCAAAGAACAGUAACUACGGCAAUAUGCACGGGACGAUGGUAGGGCUAUAUGCUGGCAGAUUGAGGAGUGCCGAGGAAUGGGCCGCGAUGGCGGAGGUCGUUGGGUUAAAAAUCACGUUUGAAGUGUAUCCGGAGGCUGGGGAGGGACUUAUUGAGAUGAUGAAGGUUACUUGAUGUUACCGUAGGCUCUCUUAGGGAAAGUUGUGCGGUGGAAGGCGCU